AUGGUCAAGAAGAUCGACGUCCAUUUCAAGAACGGCGACUGGAAAGAACAGCCCAGCGGUGGAGGAACCCUCGCGCUCCGGCACUCGUAUGGCACGAAAGAAAUCGUCUUUGACGGCCAAGAAAUGAAGGGGAAAGGGUUUUGCUCGUACACGCUCGCCUACCACCCGGGCACAGAGGCGACCGCCACUUACGACGGCCAGAUGGUGUUCCACGGGACUGUCCUCGGUAAAGAAGGCUCUGUGGUCUUCCGCGAGCAUGGCCAAAUUCUCAAUGGCAAGCUCUCGGCCAUAUGGACCGUCAUCCCGCAGGCUGCUACUGGCGAGCUGCUUGGCAUGUCUGGCCGCGGGGCGUACGAAAUGAUCGCUGGCAAGUCGGGCCUCCCUGUCAAGGGCAAGCUCGAGGUCGAGUUUGGAGAGGUGCCCAUGAUGCAGCCCAGCGUGUGGCGCAGCACGAGCAUCCAGUAUAUGAUGUGA